AUGGCGCGACUGUCACGAGUUGUCUUCUUGCUGCGCGAUCUCCAGCAGGGCUUGCGGUUUUAUCGCGACGGCUUAGGGCUGCGCGUCGACGCGCACACCGAGUCGUUUGCGAGGCUUUGUACCAGCAAUCAUGUGCCGAUCGAACUCAACUUGGCGGAGAGUGAGGCGCAGCUUUCAACGGGCUACUCCCCUUUUCUUACGUUUGAGGUCGACGAUAUGGAUCAGACCGUACCCAAGUUGAUGCAGCUCGGCGCCGCCCUCGACGGCUCCAUCAGAUAUGAGCCCUACGGCAAGAUCGCUGCCGUGAGAAGCCCGGAUGGGCACAUGCUCGGCUUGUUCGAGAAAGCGAAUCUGCCCGAUGACGGUGCCACAGCGCUUGCGGCUGCUAGUGCUGCGAGGAAGCACAUGAAGGACAACCAGACGAGCUGA